AUGAAGUUCAUGAACGUGGCGCUGGCCGCAGAGACGGUAGUCAUCAUCAUCGUCAUCCUCGUGGUGCCCUACACGGAGAUCGACUGGCGCGCGUACAUGGAAGAGGUGGAGGGGUUCCUUAAUGGUGAAUUGGACUACCGCAACCUGAAGGGCGGCACUGGGCCGCUGGUCUACCCGGGCGGCUUCAUUUGGGUGCACGCGGUCCUCUACUAUUUAACCAAAAAGGGUGAAGCCAUCGAGUUGGCUCAGUUGAUCUACGCUAGCGUCUACCUCGUGACACUGGCAAUGGUUUUGCGCCUCUACAGCCAUUCUGGGCACACGUGGAGGGUCAUUAUACCACUCUUCAUCUCGAAGCGCAUUCGCAGCCUCUAUGUGCUGCGGCUGUUCAACGACUGCUGGGCCAUGCUGUUCUUGUUCGCUGCCGUCACCUUCAUCGCUGGCCGCCCCAGCGGCGCUGGCAAGCGCUCGCGCCAGUGGCUCAUUGGAUCCAUCUGCUUUACCAUCGCCGUGUCAAUCAAGAUGAACGUGCUCCUCUUCGCGCCAGGCAUGCUUUACGUAAUGCUCCGCACGCUCCCCCUCAGGCGAGUUGCGUGGUACCUUUUUAUCUGCGCGGUGUGGCAAGUAGUCGCAGGCAUACCUUUUGUCGCCCACAACUAUAAGGCGUACCUAUCGAAGAGCUUCGAGCUUGAUCGCGUCUUCAUGCACCGGUGGUCGCUAAACUACCAAUUCCUUGAUGCCGAGCUUUUUACAAAGCCUGGAUUUGGUCAGGCGCUGCUCGCGAUGACGGCUGCGACGUGGGUUCUGCUGUGGCGCAUGCGCUGGGCCCCACGCACGUACUUGACGGAUGCAGAGGCACGUGUGUUGCAUCCAGCAAUCGCCGAUACUCGUCGGCAGAACACCUCCUCACUCCUCCACGCUGUUGAAGACGAAGAGAUGAUGGACGACGCGGCGCAAGAGCAGGCGGUGUACGCGUCCACACUACUCACCUUUUUUGAGGCGAACCUCGUCGGCGUUAUAUUUGCCCGCACCAUCCACUACCAGUUCUACACGUGGUUCUUCUACACUGUCCCCUUUGUCCUCGCCUACACGACAUACCCAUGGCCGCUGCGGAUCGUGAGUUGUGCCCUCAUCUCUCAGGGGUUCGAGUCCUUCCCACCGACGCCGAGAACGUCGGUGAUGUUACAGAGUGGCUUUGCCUUAACUCUGUUUGCGUUUAUCUUUUGGGGUCGUGACACUCCUCACGCUGCCACACCGAGAGAGGCAUAUCGGACCAAGAGGCGGGGAGCCGAAGCUGCAGCAAACACCGGUGGCGGGCGGUCACGCACCAGGCAAAAAGAGACAGCGUGA